AGCCAACAAGGAUCCGAACACUUCACUCUGCAGACGCGCAGCAUCGCAGCGAAAGGGAAAAAAUAUCUCAAGCAACUACUUGCAAUGAAACACGCACCAUCUGCACCUUCUGCAAUGCAAUUGCUUUGACAAUCACAAACAAUGUCUCUUCGUUCGACUUAGAUCCACAAAAUGGCAGUGGAACAUUCUCUCAAUGGCUCAAUGCCCAAGGCGUUGCCAACGUUCAAUCACCCCACCCUGCCCAGAGCCAAAACUGCUCAAUCCGCACCAGAUUCCCACCGAAGAAACUCUCUGCCCCUCCAUUUCCUCCCACCGAGUCUCUGGAGUGCGAAUACGUCGAGUGCCAGUUUGGUCGAGUCUGAAGAAACGGCUCGAGGAGAACAUAUCCUCGACGAGGCAACGGUAGCACAUCGAAUAUCAGCCCUUCGGCAGCUCAAUGGUGCGACGAGGUCUCGUCACCGAUAUGCAAAGUCAACUGGUGCACGGAACAGUACAUUCAGUCAGCCGGUAAUCGUCCGAACAUAUUCUGGGACAACUCGACCCCGCUCUGAGCAACGAGAUUUGGUUACCGUGAAGAGAGACGGAGGCUGGUCUGCCAUGAGUUCGGGCAAGAUGGAAUUGAAACUUCCACCUGUCGAAGCUUUCUCCUUCAAAGGAAUCAUGGACGAGAUAAGACAUGGAGUGACGGAGGAUCUCGAGAGAAUUGCCGAGAUCUGUGCCAGAAGCAAGUACAGUCUCAGCAAUCAAUAUGAGGUUCACAUGCCACCGCAUGGUCGUGGAGAACCGACAUUACAAACUGUUGGUCUUGGUGUGAGGUCUCAGACGACCGGACCGGGUCCGACACUACAAGCUGUGCCUUCGGAUGACGAACAUCCACGACAAGUAGUACGCGGGCCUAGAAGAAGGACAAAGUCUGCCGCCUAUGGUACGCUGGAGACAAUUAUGUCAUCUUCUAGGUCUUCUGAUGAGGAUAAGUCGAAGAAGAAGCCUGCUGCAGUCCUGGCUGAGGAGGUCCGUGGAAGAGCCGCGAAGAAAGAGCUUCAAGCAUCCAAGGACGCCGAGAGAGAUGAUACAAACGAGGCUGGUACCGCAGAGAAAAGACCAGGCAAGCAUGUUCGGUCGAAGUCUGCGUCUUUUGCCGCCGUUAUAAUUGAUAAUGCUCAAGGCUCCAAGACAGACACACCUGCCCAAGUACUCUCUCCCACGUCCUUGGUCAGUGAGCCAGCACGACCUCAGACUUCGACAGCAACAAUGCUCGAAACCACUUCCAGUCUUGAGGCUCAGUAUACGUCUCCCACUCUUCAGUCCAUGGUGUCAACGAAACCAGCUCUAAUUCGCAACGAGUCGAGAGCUUCUGCUGUGCGUCCUAGCGUCGAUAGACAGUCUUCUGUUCUUGACAGUCUUACUUCCUGGCUGCCCUGGGGUAAGCUCUCUUCGGCACAGUCUCCGGUUCAAGGAAGAUUGAGAAGUACUUCUCAUGCUGAAGGGAGUCUGAGAGAGUUGUUAAAAGCCUCCGAGAUUGACAAAAAGGGAAAGAGCGUUGAUCGCUCGGAAUGAAUGGUGCAAGUUGACCAUCGCUCAUGCUGCUCCGGUCGUACUUGCUUGUACAGAUCGCCAUGAGUGUUCAAGAUGUUUCAAUGCCCGGUCACAGCAAAGAUUACGACACAAGCAUUGAUACAGUAUUCAUACACGAGACAAGUCAUCCGAUACUCUUUUCUGAGCACAUACCAAGU